AUGGUAGUCCUGGACUCGAGACUGAUUCUGACAGAUGUGGCCCCUGAGAUCCUACAAGAGACUCGGCGGCGACGAUAUACGAAGGCCGUAGAUGUUUGGUCCUUGGGGGUCGUUCUCUACAUCUGCCUCUGUGGCUUCCCACCCUUCUCCGAUGAACUAUGCACUCCUCAGAACCCAUAUACGCUAGCCCAGCAGAUUAAGAUGGGUCGUUUUGAUUAUCCAUCACCUUACUGGGACUCCGUGGGCGACCCAGCCCUAGACCUGAUUGACCGGAUGCUCACGGUAGACGUGGAGAAGAGGAUCAGCGUGGAGGAAUGUCUUGAACAUCCGUGGAUGACCGAGAAAUACCCCAGCAUCAACGACAGCACCGAUGGGCUGACCGGCGCCCUGGGUAAUCUGGACUUUGCCCGGCGCAAGGUUGAACGCGAGCGGACUAUGCUCAGCAGCGUCAACGAUGUUCAUUUCAGCGAGCAUGCCGAGGGCAGUGAAGCCCCGGUCAAGGUCUUCCAUAAAAACGAAGCGGGCAAGCGGGUUCACAAUCGACCGGCCAAGGCGUCUCACCGUGAGCGAUCGCCUGGCAACAAGGACCCAAAGGAGUUCAUUAACCUUGGUGAGGGUGGCGAUGCUGCCUUGUACGACGAGCCUACGAGUCGGUACAAAUAA